CGCCGCGAGGACAGCCGAGCCUAGCCUAGGCCGCAGCCCAGCGCACCGCAGUCCACCGCCGCUGUCGAUGGCGCCGCGCCGAUAGCCGCGAGCAGCUGCGCCCUGGCCGUCAUGUCGACCGCCGAGCACAGCCUCAUGUCUGCCAGCUCGCGGUAGCGACGGUACUAUCGAUGGCACUGCCGUAGUACGCGACCGUAGCGCGGAAUAUGAUUUCCCCAGAGAUGCGCGCGUUCCGAUUUGAUGUCUUCUCGCCGCCGGACGUUCGCGCUAUCGGCAGUAACUACCCCCGCGCUCACGAGGACCUACCGCUCUCUGAUGACCAUUAUCCUAAUGGGAGCUGCCGCAUGCUGCCGAGCCGGCUGGGCGUAGGCGUGGGCGGCGCCGCCCUGCUGCCCGUGGCGCAGCACCCGCUGGGCGCCCCCGCCGCCCACGUCACGCACGCCUCCGCCUGGCCUGCCGACGACCUGCCCCACAAGGGGGUCGACGUCCUCAAGGAGGCCGGGUCGCGGGGCAGAGCGGCCGACUCCCAGCCGAGGAGAGGGCACAGCGGCGUCAACCAGCUGGGCGGCGUGUUCGUGGGCGGCCGGCCGCUGCCGGACUCGACGCGCCAGAAGAUCGUCGAGCUGGCGCACUCGGGCGCGCGGCCCUGCGACAUCUCGCGCAUCCUGCAGGUCUCCAACGGCUGCGUCUCCAAGAUCCUCGGCAGGUACUACGAGACGGGGUCUAUCCGGCCGCGCGCCAUCGGCGGCUCGAAGCCGCGGGUCGCCACGGCCGAGGUGGUCAGCAAGAUCUCGCAGUACAAGCGCGAGUGCCCGUCCAUCUUCGCCUGGGAGAUCCGCGACCGGCUGCUGCAGGAGGGCGUCUGCUCCAACGACAACAUCCCCAGCCAGUGUCCGGUGUGCCCGCAGGUUUCGUCCAUAAACCGCGUGCUGCGCAACCUGGCCUCGCAGAAGGAGCAGCAGCAGCAGCAGCAGCAGCAGCAGCCGCCGCCGCCCCCGCAGGACGCCGUCUACGACAAGCUGAGAGUCCUCAACGGCCAGCCUGCCUGGCCCCGGCCGUCGCCAUCCCCCUGGUACCCAGCCGGGGGAUCGCCGUUCGCGCCCCUGCAGCCCAGCCCGGGGUGCGCCGUGUUGGCCGACCCGGACCUCGACCUCCACACCAAGAAGGGGUCGGAGCUGGACGGCACGGGCGACGAGACGGCCUCCGGGGACAACAGCAACGCGGGUUCGAGCGCGGGCGGCGCCGACGAGGACCAGGCGCGCCUGCGGCUCAAGCGCAAGCUGCAGCGCAACAGGACGUCCUUCACCAACGAGCAGAUCGACUCACUCGAGAAAGAGUUCGAGCGCACGCACUACCCGGAUGUGUUUGCGAGGGAGCGACUGGCCGCCAAGAUCGGGCUACCGGAAGCGAGGAUACAGGUGUGGUUCUCGAACCGGCGGGCCAAGUGGCGGCGGGAGGAGAAGCUGCGCAGCCAGCGGCGGUCCGCGGAGCCGGUGGCCGUGGCGUCGGCGUCGGCGUCGGCGUCACCCACGUCGCGCCUGCUGGCCGGCGCUGCCUUCCCCACGGCCGCCGCCUACCCUGCCUCCAGCCUGCCCGCCGACUCUUACAGGGCAGCCGCACGUGGCGUUUAGCAGGGACUUGGACAGUAGCUGCGGCUGUUGCAGCCCCAUGGCGGCCAUGCCGACGUUCGGCAUGUCGCCGCCGCCGCAGGGCCCUCCGCCCCCGCAGG